GCUGCCGCGGCUCCUCCUGUCUGCUUCCUGGUCUCGAGGUUCAGGUGUGGAGCGAUCGGCCUUGGGCUGCGCGCGGGAUGCGCUCUGCUUUUCCGGCGAUGCCUUAACCACCACCAGCCGAGUUUAACCUGGUGCUCGUAUCUUGUUUUCCAUGACAGAUCUUGACGACAAUAUAUGCGAAAGAUACGUCAGGAUGAUAACAAAUAUAGUUAUAUUGAGCCUGAUCAUUUGCAUUUCUUUGGCUUUCUGGAUUAUGUCAAUGACGGCAAGCACCUACUAUGGUAAUUUGCGGCCUAUUUCUCCUUGGCGUUGGCUGUUUUCUGUUGUUGUUCCUGUUCUGAUAGUCUCUAAUGGCAUUAAAAAGAAAAGUCUGGAUCACAGCGGGGCUCUCGGAGGGCUAGUGGUUGGAUUUAUCUUAACCAUUGCAAAUUUCAGUUUCUUUACCUCUUUGCUGAUGUUUUUCCUUUCUUCUUCGAAACUCACCAAAUGGAAAGGAGAAACAAAGAAGCGUCUAGAUUCAGAAUAUAAGGAAGGAGGGCAAAGGAAUUGGGUUCAGGUGUUCUGUAAUGGAGCCGUGCCUACAGAGCUGGCCCUACUAUUCAUGAUAGAAAAUGGGCCCGGGGAAAUCCCAAUUGAUUUCUCCAAGCAGUACACUGCUUCCUGGAUGUGUUUGUCUCUCUUGGCUGCACUGGCCUGCUCUGCUGGAGACACGUGGGCUUCCGAAGUUGGCCCGGUUCUGAGUAAAAGCCCGCCAAGGCUGAUAACAACCUGGAAGAAAGUUCCCGUUGGGACAAAUGGAGGAGUCACCAUGGUGGGCCUUGCUUCCAGUCUCCUUGGUGGUACCUUUGUGGGCAUUGCAUACUUCCUCACGCAGUUGAUUUUUGUGAAUGAUUUGGACUUAUCUGCUCCCCAGUGGCCAAUUAUUGCAUUUGGGGGUAUAGCUGGGUUACUAGGAUCAAUUGUGGACUCGUAUUUAGGAGCGACAAUGCAGUUUUCUGGUUUGGAUGAAACCACUGGCAUGGUGGUCAACAGCCCAACGAAUGAGGCAAAGCACAUAUCAGGAAAACCUAUUCUUGAUAACAAUGCAGUGAACCUGUUUUCUUCUGUACUUAUUGCCCUCUUGCUCCCAACAGUUGCUUGGGGUUUUUGGCCCAGGGAAUGAACUUCAUUUCAUUUCCACUAGUGAGUUCAGCUAACCUUGUAAUUCCAAAUUUCAUCCAAAGAGUAAUUGUAAUGGAAGAGAUUUGAAAUGCUAGCUCCUUCCAUAUUCCACUGUGAUGGAAUUCCACAUUUUCCUUUCAUCAAGUAUCUUGUCACAGCUAACAAGAGAAGAAUGCAGAGAAUUUUCACAUAUUUUUUUCCUGCUGAAUGGAACUUCUUCAACAAUAGAGUAUAUUUACCCUAUAUAUUGCUGUAAAUUGAACUCAAAGAUCCUACAAAGUCAAUGUAAGUUUUAUUUUGCUUGUGUAAAUGAGUAUAAGAACUGAAAAUGAUAUUUUAAAACUGUUUUCAGUUGUAGUGGAGAAAUGCCACUAGUCCAGUGCAAUACCUGUUUUAAAUGAUUCAAGGUAAGGUGUAUGGAAACCUCAGUAAGUGUAGUAUACCGGACUUCUAUUACCUUGCCAUUCACAAUUGUGAAAAGUGUGGAGAUUAUGAAUUAUGUGGCCUACUGCACAUUUUUUUUUUCUUUCUCAGGGUAAGUGAUUUUUUUUUAAAAGAAAAAGUAAAUAUCUUUUUCAUAUGACCAUUAGGAAGCAUAAAAUUAUUUUUGACUAGAAAUUUAAAAAUUUAUCUCUAAAAAUGUGCACCUUAUUAUAAAUUACAGUUGUUUUCUGAAUAGAAACUAUCUUGAGUUCAUUAUUUUUUGCUUUCUUUUAAAAAUGUGUAGGAAUCUGAUAUAACAUUGGCAUCCUAAACAGUUGAACGUCACUGGAAAAUUACUUUAAAUUUUUUUAUUUACUGUUCUGUAAGUUGUGGGAAAAUACUGUGAUUUUGUUAUACCUCCUCUACAGUAUGCUCUCCUUUAUGUUAUAACCUCAACUAAGGUGAAUUCUGCUUUUCUGUUUUGUUCUUCACUGAUUUCCUGUGUACUAAACGAGUUUUGACAUGGUACAGAUUUUUCUGCUAAACAUACUUUAAAAUGUUUCUUUCUCCAUACCUUCCUUCCCCCUGCCCCCAAUACUUUCUGUAUUCUUAAGAGAUUUGGAAAGGAUUCCAUGAAUAAGGCACCACCAAGUAGUUCAUAAUCUAGAGCUGAAUUGGUUCAAGAAGAAAAAACAGUUCACACCCUUAAUCUUUAAGCCAGUCUGUGUUGGAUCACAACCAUUGCUUUUGAAUUUUGGAUAUAUGUUGGAAGCACCUGGACAGGUUUUUUUGUUUUUUGUUUGUGUUUUUUUUUUUUUUUUAAUUUGUAUCUGGGCUUCACACUCCAAAAUUUUGUUUUAUUUGAUCUUGGGUAGAGCCUAGGUAUUGAUUCCUAGUUGCUAUAUAUGUAGGAUGCUGGCCACAGCAAUGCCAACUUCACCUCAAUUUCAUAAAGACCUAGUAUAGAGAAACAUCAUGUGGAAUGAGAAGUUUUAGUCUUUAAUACAUGCCUGCAGUAUGAACAGCUCCUGCCAUUUUGGCCCAGCACUUAGGUGAGGGCCCAUUCAAAUUCCUGAAGUUUCAGCUGAUGUUCCUAGUGCCAUCACAAUGGGAAUGAACUAUACUAGCCGCCAAACCCAGGUGAAUUGUGUGUGCGUUAAAAAUGCAAGGGAAGUAAUGCAACUGAAUUAUUUAAUCUUCUAUGGAGUAUUUGUAGCUGUAAUUCCAUGCUGUCAUGAGUUUGCUUUUUUUUUUUUUUUUUUUUUUUUUGGACAGGCAGAGUGGACAGUGAGAGAGAGACAGAGAGAAAGGUCUUCCUUUUUGCCGUUGGUUCACCCUCCAAUGGCCGCCGCGGCUGGCGUGCUGUGGCCGGCACACCGCGCUGAUCCGAUGGCAGGAGCCAGGUGCUUCUCCUGGUCUCCCAUGCGAGUGCAGGCCCCAAGCACUUGGGCCAUCCUCCACUGCACUCCCUGGCCACAGCAGAGAGCUGGCCUGGAAGAGGGGCAACCGGGACAGGAUCGGUGCCCUGACCGGGACUAGAACCCGGUGUGCCGGUGCCGCAAGGCGGAGGAUUAGCCUAGUGAGCCGCGGCACCGGCGAGUUUGCUUUUUAAAUGUGUUCAAUACAUGUUUGUUGAAUUAAGUUGUUCAACUCUAAUCAGGAUUUCCCUUACAAGUCUCCAAAAGUUAAUAAUCUGGAGCAUAUUCCUGAAAGGAAACUAACAAACAAAAAAAACGAUUUGGCUACCUACCUUUCUGAGGACUGUGAUGAUUACAACUUUUCUCAGUCAUGUGAAACAAUAUUAAUGGUUUUGGAAUAAAUUGAGUCAGGAAAUUAUUGUAGAAGGAAUAGUCCCUGAAAUUAUUUUCCCUCCAAGACUAAGCAUCAGUUCUCUUCUGUUUAUCAUUAACUGCACUUAAAAAUGUGUUUUGCAAUGUGGCAAUUUUUUUAUGUUUGUGUUUUUCCAUUUUAUUAAAAUGUUUAAUUACUUAGGUAAUUCAUGGAGUCGAUUCUUUUUAAGAAUUAGAACAUUGCAGGGAGUUACUGUUUUUCCUAGUGGUUAAGACACCUAUGUCACAUAUUCAUGUACUUAGGUUCAAUUCCUGGAUCUGCCUCCUGAGUCCAACUUCUUCCAGUGCAGACUCUGGGAGGCAGCAAUAAUAGCUCAGAUAGUUGGGUUCCUGCUACCUCUGGGGGAGAUCAGGGUUGAGUUCCUGACUCCUGGUUUUGCCAUGAUUCACCCUUGGCGUUUGUGGGUAUUUGGGGAGUGAAACAGCAGAUGGGAAUGCUCACUUUCUCUCUCUCUUCCUCUCUCUUUCUCUGCCUCUCAAAAUUUUAAAGCUUUUAAGUAAUAAUUUUAAUUUAUAAUAUUACAGAUGAAAGCUAAAUUAUUCUUUUUCCCUCAUUGCCACUCAAUAACCCUGACCCCUUCUUAUAUUCUAAAAGAUAGGUACUGAAAGAAAUUUGGGAUAUUUUUUACAUAGUAUUUGUUUUGAGUGUGUGUGUGUAUAAAAAGAUAUAUUCAUUUAUUUGAAAGCUAGCGAGACAGCUCUUCCAUCACAACAGCCAGGGCUGGGCCAGACCAAAGCCAGUCUCCUCCAUGGCUGCCAGGAACCUCACUACUUGACUUGGGUCAUCAUCUGCUGCCUCCCAGACACAUUAGCAGAAAGCUGUAUCUGUAUCAGAAGCAUGGAGUAACUGGAACUCGACCAGAUAUUCCAGUAUGAGACAAGGGCAUGACAAACUGCAGCUUAACCCACUGUACCCUAGUACCCACCUGUGUUUUGAGUAUGUUUUAAUGCACAUUUUUCUACAUCAAUGAAAUUUUUAUUAUUAAUACUAUAUUCUUGUUGCUUCAAGUUAGUUGCUUACAUCUAAGAAAAAGAGGGAUAUACACCAGAAUGUUAAUGUUUUCAAUUUU